UACGGUGGCAUAAAGAAUAUAAAACACAUUUGUAUUUUUAAAAUUUAGAGCUUCUCAAGAGGAGGCACAGCAAAUCCCAAAUCAUACACAUGUAUCCGACCAUUAUAUUCAUCCCCUUCUACUCGGUGCAAAAAAUUUGCCUUCUCCCGCCGUUCAUGGUGCGUGCUACAAAAUUAUAUGGGCGCCGGAGACACUCCAAAAUGCCCGCCGGACAAAGAGGAAGUAGUAGCCACAGGACCAGCAUCUUUGACAAUGACGGUGGAGGGAGAACUCUUUUCGGAUGUGUUGCUCACAGAUGCUCCUAUACUUUUGCUUGUCUAUUUCCACAAGGCACAUCACGAAGAGCUCUCCAACCUGCAUCGCUUGGCGGUUACUGCAUCUGAAAAUGCGUCUAAUAGACGUGAACUGAUAACUGAGCUCCGCAAAAGAUUCGAUUUCCUAAAACUUGCGCAUAAAUAUCAUUCUGCCAUAGAAGAUGAGGUUAUCUUUCUAGCAUUAGAUGCUCAUAUUAAAAAUGUUGUAUAUAAAUAUUCGCUUGAACAUAACAGCAUCGACGACUUGUUUGACUCUAUUUUUCAUUGCUUGGAUACAUUGAUGGAGGAAGAUAAAGAUGGUUCUGAGCAAUUUCAGGAACUUAUAUUAUGCAUUGGCACCAUGCACUCAUCCAUUUGCCAGCAUAUGCUUAAAGAAGAACAGCAGGUUUUUCCUUUGCUUAUGCAGCAGUUCUCUCCAAAAAAACAGGCUUCGUUAGUGUGGCAGUUCUUUUGCAGCAUUCCUGUAAUCCUGCUGGAGGAAUUGUUGCCAUGGAUGAUCUCCUUCCUUAGUCCAGAAAAAAGAGUGGAUGUUAUACAUUGUAUUAAGGAAAUCGUACCCCAGGAAAAAUCAUUGCACGAGGUGGUAAUUUCUUGGCUUCAUAAGAAUGAACAAUCCCCUUCUGGAGCUUUUAACAAUAUUAGAAACGAUCCUGAUGGAUGUAUGAAGAUGUAUUGUUCUCAAAACAAUGUUGGAAACAAUGUGGUCGAAUAUCUCCAUCUUUGGCACCUCGCCAUCCAGAAAGAUUUGAAAGAAACACUGGAAGAUGCAUAUCAAAGAAGAAACUCAAGAAGUUCUUUAGAUAUAGAUUUAAUAUUAGUCCGGCUGAAGUUUCUUGCUGAUGUCAUAAUCUUCUACUGUAAUGCAUUGAAGAAAUUCUUCUAUCCUAUGUUAAAUGAACUUGCCAACAGUCAUCUGUCUAUGUGCUUCAGUGAACAAUUCCCCAUUGAAAGUCGUAUAGAAAGUCUACAUCAGUUGCUACAAUGCAACUUCGGCAAUGAUUUAGCUUUGUCCCAGUUUGUAGAGAUGCUCUGCCGGGAACUGGAAUCCUUUGUGAUAGAUAUUAGCAAACAUUUUUCAUUUCACGAGAUAGAGGUCUUUCCCUUUAUCAGCAAGAACUAUAGCAAUGAUACCCAGCUGCGGCUUUUGUAUAUGGUCCUUCAUCUGAUGCCACUAGGACUGCUAAAGUGUGUAAUUCCUUGGUUUGCAGCUCAUUUAUCUGAGAGUGUAUCCAGGUCCACUUUUCACAGUAUAAACCAGCUGGGUGACAAUUUAUCCAAUAAAUAUUUUGCGUCCCUCUUACUUGAGUGGUUCCACACUGGUUAUUCAGGUAAAACCUCCACUGAAAAUUUUGCAAAGAAUUUGCAGAAAAUAUUCAAGAGUAGACGCUCAUUUUUAUAUGAGCAAAUUAAGGAAGAUGUACGUUCAUCCUUACACUCAAACAAGCAACCUUGUGGAGGAUCUAUAUCUAGUAAAACAGAACCAGUCUCUGCUAACAAGGGCAAGAUGCUUUUACCAGCUUCUUCUUCAGUAUUCCACAAAGCUGAGGCACAUGAGACGUUCUAUGCAAGUGAAAUAAAUUUGCAUAUAUUUUUUCCUGGAACAAAAAGGUUAUUGCAACCUUUUCCUGAAUUACCUGGUGGAGAGAGUUCUGCAACUUCCACUAUUGAUGAACGAAAACCAAUGGACUUCAUCUUUUUCUUCCACAAGGCUCUCAAGAAAGAUUUGGAAUACCUUGUCUCUGGUUCAGCUCAACUGAUUGAAAACAUCAGGUUUCUUACAGAGUUCAACCAGCAAUUCCAUCUUAUUUGGCUUCGAUAUCAAUUUCAUAGCAACACUGAGGAUGAAGUUGCCUUUCCUGCUUUGGAAGCAAAAGGAGAAGUCCAAAAUAUCAGUAACUCCUAUACUAUUGAUCACAAGCUUGAAGUUAAGCUUUUCAGUGAGAUUUCCCUCAUUUUAGAGAAGAUGUCUAAAAUGCAUGUUACAGUUCUUAGUGCUGAUUCCAGCAUGCAGGAUCAAAGAAUGGCGAAAUACAAUCAGCUGUGCAUGAAACUCCAUCAUACAUGCAAAUCAAUGCAUAAACUACUUUCUGACCAUAUUCAUCAUGAAGAAAUUGAACUUUGGCCCUUAUUUAGAGAAUGCUUUUCCAUCCAGGAGCAAGAAAAGAUCAUCGGACUCAUGCUAGGGAAAGCCAGAGCAGAAACAUUACAAGAUAUUAUACCCUGGCUGAUUGGCUCUUUAACACCAGCAGAACAGCAAGCCAUAAUGUCCUUGUUGCAUAGGGUGACGAAGAACACGAUGUUUGAUGAAUGGCUAGGAGAAUGGUGGGAAGGGUAUGAUACACCCCAUAUGAAAGAGAAGUCAAAUUCUUUGUGGCCUACAGAUCCAUUGGAGAUUGUCUCAAGAUAUCUGUCCAAAGACGCUCAUGGAAAACAAGGCGGCAUCCUCUGUGAAAAGGGCAUCGAGCAAAAAGAUUGUUUUGGUGCUAAUGUUGACAUUUUGGGGAAGUGCAAUUUGGAUGUUGAAGCUAAGGCUUUCGAUAGAGAUGAAGAUAAUGAAUGUUCAGAAUGUGAAAAACUUGUCAGUGAAAGUGAAAACAAGAGAUGCAAUCAAGGGGCAAAUAUCAGAGUUGAGAUAGACAAACCAAGUGAAACUUUUCAAUCAAAUUCAACGUCCAUGUAUCAAGAGCACCAUUUGACCAUGACUCAAGCUGAUCUGGAGGCUGCAAUAAGAAGGGUGUCUGGGGACUCAUCCCUAGAUCCUCAGGAGAAAUCGUAUAUCAUGCAGAACCUGCUAAUGAGUCGUUGGAUUGCUCAACAACGGAGAUCCAAUUCAGAAGCAAUCAUCUCAAGUAAAGGAGAAGAAGUUCCAGGGCAGCAUCCAUCUUACCGUGAUCCUCUCAAGGUAACCUUGGGUUGCAAACACUACAAAAGGAAUAGUAAACUCGUCACUCCCUGUUGCAACAAGCUUUAUACAUGCAUACGUUGCCAUGAUGAGGAUGCUGACCAUUCAACAGACAGGAGAGCUAUUACAAAGAUGAUGUGCAUGAAAUGCUUAACCAUUCAGCCAAUUGGGCAGACUUGCUCAACUGUCUCAUGUAACAAUUUAUCCAUGGCAAGAUACUAUUGCAAGAUCUGCAAAGUGUUUGAUGAUGACAGGGAGAUCUACCACUGCCCUUUUUGUAACCUCUGUCGAGUAGGGAAGGGAUUGGGCAUUGGCUACUUCCAUUGCAUGAAUUGCAAUGCCUGCAUGUCACGGUCGCUUUUAGUGCAUCCAUGCAGGGAGAAAUCUUUGGAAGAAAACUGCCCAAUUUGCCAUGAAUACAUUUUCACAUCCAGCAAUCCAGUAAAAGCCCUUCCAUGUGGUCAUGUGAUGCACUCAACAUGUUUUCAGGACUACACACGUACCCACUAUAUAUGUCCAAUCUGUAGCAAGUCACUUGGGGACAUGCAGGUUUAUUUUAAGAUGUUGGACGCACUGCUGGCUGAAGAGAAAAUGCCAGAUGAAUAUUCCAGCAAAACUCAGGAUAUACUAUGCAAUGAUUGUGAGAAGAAAGGAGCAGCUCCUUUCCAUUGGCAUUAUCAUAAAUGCAUAUCUUGUGGCUCAUACAACACCAGGCUUAUAUGACCUUGCUCAAAGACCAGCAUAAAUUAAAGAAGGAAAAUAACAAAUUUAUAAUUUCAGUGAUGUGAUGAUGUUGAUGAAGAAGGAAAAGAGAAGGAAAGAAAAUGGAAGAUGAAGGGAAAGAGAUAGGAAAAUGAUGAAGAAGAAGGAAGAUGAUAAUGGUGAUGUUGUUGAAACAGAAAUGGGUAAACAUUUUGGAUGCUGAACAGGUCUGAUAUGAGCGGAUUUGCUGGAUAUGAAGACUUAGUAAAAGAGCAGAUUGCAAUAUUGAAGAGAGAGAGCGAAUUUGAAGGGGGGUGCUGUUUCUUUCAAGUUUUAUAAUUUCUUUUACGACCGUUAGGGACAAAUGUUGAUAGUUUAGCAGAGUCCUAUCUUUAGGGGCUAUAUAUGGUCAAUCCUCUGCUUUUACACUUAACCCAUAUCUUUGCUAAAACGUGGCUUCCCAAAUUUCUUUUCUUUUCUAUUGCAGGUUUUGUUGCCAGAUUCUUGGGACCUUUUUGCUAUAUUACCUCUUCAUAUGUUAUGCGAUACCAUUAGUGCAA